AUGAAUUCUAUUGUAAUUGAUUAUGAACAAGAUUCUUUUUAUACCCGUUUAAAACAUAAACAAAAAAAGUUACCUUGGUUACUUCGAUCUUAUGUAACAAGUUUUUUCCCUAUAUUUCGAUGGAUUCAUCGAUAUAAUAUAUCUUGGUUAAUACAAGAUAUGAUAGCUGGUAUUACAGUUGGUAUUGUACUUGUCCCUCAAAGUAUGGCAUAUGCUAAAAUAGCUAAUUUAGAACCUCAAUAUGGAUUAUAUUCUUCUUUUGUGGGUGUAUCUAUUUAUUGUUUUUUUGGUACUUCAAAAGACAUUUCUAUUGGUCUUAUCUCAACUGUAUCUUUACUUGUGGGUCAAGCAGUUUUAACUGUCAAAGACAUCUAUCCUGAUAUUACUGGUCCUCAAGUAGCAAUGACACUUUCCCUUAUUGUCGGUAUUAUCACUCUUGCCAUUGGAAUUUCUCGGUUAGGUAUUCUGUGGCCAAAAAUUUUUGGAUUAUCUAAUGUAGACACUCAUCAACCUCCUUAUAUUAUCUUUUUGGAAUUUUUCAAAAAUAUUCGAUUCACAAAACUUGAUGUGGCUUUUGGUCUUACUUCACUUGUGAUUUUGUAUUUGGUUCGUUCUAUUUGUCAAUAUAUAUCCUCCAGAAAACAUCUUUCCAAGAAAGUAUCGAAAAGUGUCUUCUAUUUUUGUAUCAUGCGCAAUGGACUCGUGGUGAUUUUCGGUACUUUGAUCUCUUAUAUCGUCAAUCGUAACAAAAGUACAAGUGUAAUAUCUAUUAUUCGUAAUGUCCCUGCUGGUUUUGAUGCUAUGGCUGUACCUGUAUUGGAUUAUCGUGUCUUACGUGCUUCUGCUUCUAUUGUUCCUUCUAUUAUCAUCAUCAUGAUACUUGAACAUGUAUCUGUUGCCAAAUCCUUUGGUCGUGUAUAUGAUUACAAUAUUGAACCAAAUCAAGAAAUAUUCGCCAUUGGUAUCAGCAAUAUUGUGGGUUCAUUCUUUGGUGGUGCUCCUUCAACGGGUGCUUUUAGCCGUACGGCGAUCAUGGCAAAAUCUGGCGUUCGAACUCCUGGUGCCGGCAUCUUCUCUGGUAUUGUGGUUAUACUAGCUCUCUAUGUGCUGACUCCCUGCUUUUAUUAUAUUCCUGAUGCUGUUCUUGCCGCUGUUGUCAUUCAUGCCGUUUGUGAUUUGGCAUCUUCUCCUCGUUAUCUCAAGAAACUUUUUAAAACAAGUAUUUUGGAGUUUCUUGUUUGGCUCAGUGCUGUCAUUAUUACUAUUUGUAUGGACGUACAAAGUGGUAUAUAUACUGCCGUCGGUAUUUCCUUGAUGAUUAUGCUCUUUCGAAUGGCAAGACCUCCUGUCAAAUUACUGGCUCGCAUACCUUUAUCACCAAUAUCUCAACAACUACAAUCAAAUGACCAAGGUGAACGUUUAUUGAAUGAAAAACAACCACUUCAAAAUCACCCUGACCAACGUUAUAUAUAUGUGGAUGAAAGGGACAUCAACUUUGCUCAUCAAUGUCAUCCAUUACCUCCUGGUAUUUUGGUAUUUCGUCUCUCUGAGUCCAUACUUUAUCCCAAUGCAGAAUACGUCUCAGAAUUUCUUCUGAAAGGUGUGAAAUCAAGAACAAGGUGUGGCAAUCGAAGGAAUAUGGAAAAAUCAUCAAGCGACUUGGCAUGGAAUGAAAAUUUAAACAAAAAUACUGAAUUACAUCGUGUACAAUUACCUGUUUUGCGUGCUAUAGUUUUAGACUUUACAGCUGUGACAAGAUUGGAUUCGACAGCAUUACAAAUUUUAGCCAAUCUACGGAGUAGUAUCGGUAAUUACUCUGGGCGGGAAGUGGAAUGGCAUUUCGUUGGCUUACAACAUCAUCAACUACGUCGGUCUUUAAUUUAUUAUGGUUUUGGAGUGGAACAUCGUGAUGGAAACAAUACCAAUGAGCAUCCAAGAAAUAAACAAGAGAGACAACAGCAACAGAUUAAUUAUAACUCUGGUAUUAGUGGGGUUCCUCAAGACCGAUAUCCGUAUUUCCAUUGGGAUAUAGAUACUGCUGUGAACUCGAUUUGGAAACGAUGGCAUAUCAACGAUCAUGAUGGGGAUACUUUAUAG